AUGUCUGAUUGUAAGUCUCUAGCUACUCCUGCUGCCGUCAGUCAACCAGUUGCGGCCUCCGACCAACCAUAUGACAACCCCACGCAGUACAGACGCCUAGUUGGGGCACUGCAGUAUCUCACCAUCACACGUCCAGAUCUCUCCUAUUCCGUUAAUCGGCUCUGCCAGUUUAUGCACUCUCCGACGGUUGAUCACUGGGUUUUAUUGAAGCGUGUGUUACGGUAUAUCAAGGGCAUGUUGGACUUUGGGCUCCGUCUGACUGCCUCCGACUCUACUACGGUUCAUGCCUUUUCAGACUCAGACUGGGCCGGUUGCCAAGUCGACAGGAAGAGCACCAGUGGGUACGCCGUCUUUUUGGGUUCCAACCUCAUUUCUUGGCUCUCCAGGAAGCAACGAACGAUGGCUCGCUCUUCUACUGAAGCAGAGUAUAAGGCCCUAGCCGAUGUCUCAGCUGAGGUUACUUGGGUUGUUUCUCUUCUGCGUGAACUGGGCUUACAUUCUGGUGAACCAGCGGCUCUAUGGUGUGAUAACUUGGGGGCUACCUACCUCUGUGCCAAUCCGGUGUUUCACGCCAGGACUAAGCACAUUGAAAUUGAUUUCACUUCGUUCGUGACAAGGUUGCCGCCGGUGAGUUCCGGGUUAACUUUGUGUCAACCAAGGAUCAGGUUGCAGACAUCCUCACUAAACCGUUGCCAGGCCCGCGGUUUGCUGCUCUUCGUGACAAGCUUAAUGUUUUUUCGCACCCACCUUAAGCUUGAGGGGGUGUGUUAG